AUGAAGAAAUAUCUAGGACUGACAGGUUCAAGCCUGGAUCUUGCGGCACUGAUUUUGGUAGUGGCUCCGGCAUUUCUUUGCUAUGGCUACAAUCAAGCGGUUGCUGGAGGUCUCUUGACGCUCGACUCCUUCCUCGAGGCCUUUCCCCAGAUGGACACUCUCAACACCACGGGAGCUCAACGCACGAAGAAUUCCAAUAUCCAGGGCACUGUCAUCGCCCUCUACCUUGUCGGCGGUAUCUUCGGCUCCCUGUCCUGCAUCUUCAUGGGUGACAGGUUGGGUCGUCGCAAGGUUAUCUUCAUUGCAUCUGGAGUUUCCGUGAUUGGCGCCGUUCUGAUGGCUUCAUCCUACCAACUGGCUCAAUUUGCCGUUGCUCGUCUCGUCCUGGGUUUUGGUACAGGCGGAUAUGUGGCGACGGUUCCUGUCUGGCACGCUGAAAUUUCCAAACCGUCCAAAAGAGGGUCGGGCGUCGUGACGACUGGCUUCUUUAUCGGAACCGGCAUCACCAUGUCGCUCUGGGUCGACUUCGGAUUCUACUACCUCCGUGGCACAGGCGCAUGGCGAGCACCGCUGGCUCUGCAAAUCGCCUUCUCUCUGGUCGUCAUGGCCAGCAUCUUUCUUCUCCCCGAAUCACCUCGAUGGUUGAUGAAGAAGGGUCAGGUCGACGAAGCUCGAGAGGUCUUAUCGGCGCUGGAAGGUGUGACUGGAGAUGCCCACACCCUGAGCGAGGAUAUGAAUCAGAUUCAGCGUUCCCUGACGCUGUGUGGGCAGGGCUACUUCGGGGACGUCUUCAGGAUGGGAGAACAAAGACUACUGAACCGGACCGUGCUCGCGGUUUUGGGCCAGACUUUCCAACAAAUGUGUGGCAUCAACGCCAUCACCUUCUACGCGACCACCAUCUUCCAGCAAUACCUCGGCCUGGAUGGCACCACAUCAAGAAUAUUGGCCGCAUCCAUAGCACUCACUCAACCGGUCGGUGGUGUCGUCGCUUACUACACCAUCGAUCGACUGGGGCGUCGGAAAUUGAUGGUCAGCAGCGCAGCCAUCAUGGCGGCAUUGAUGGCAAUCCUGGCCGGAGCAACGUCGGCAAGAGACAACAAGGCUGCCUUGUAUGUGGCCGUGGUUGCGCUUUUUCUGUUCCCCUUCAUCUUCACCGUCGGGUUCGCAGGCCUGACCUUCCUCUACGCGACCGAAAUAGCGCCGACACAACACCGAGCGGCCAUCAAUGCUCUGUCGACGGCAGCCGUUUGGACGUCCAACUUCCUCCUGGCUCAGGUCACCCCGGUCGGUUUCGACACGAUCAAAUACCGCUACUACAUUGUCUUCGCCUGCAUCAACGUUGCGAUCGUACCGAUCGUGUAUUUCUUCUUCCCCGAGACGAAAGGCCUAUCACUCGAGCAGAUCGACCAGAUCUUCACAAAAUCGAACAAUUUCUUCGACCCCACUCCUAUUGCGAGAUCACUGAUCAAGCGUGAAGCGGCGCGACGGCGGAAUUGCUAUACCGUGGAAGGAGUAGCACAAAUCGAGGACGUCGGUCGUCACACUGAUCUACGAAAGGAGACCUCGGAGGGCUGA